UGUCACAAAAUAAAAAACAUAAACAAAAACAUGUUUAUUAUUGUUAUUGGUUUUUCAAUUGUAGUGCAAAAAAUUGCUUAAAAAUUAGUGAAAAAAUUAAUAAAAAAUGAAAAUAACUUGUCGAAUAUGUAAAAUACAACAAGGAGAAUUCUUUACGCUUGAUAGUGUAGUACCUGUUUAUGGUCAAAUGGAACACAAGCUAUUGGAAAUAUAUAAUAAAUGUUUUCAAUUGAAUGCCCAACAACAAGAUGCUUUGCCGCAGGUGGUGUGUUUGACGUGUUUAGAAAAAUUAAAAGAAUUUUAUGAAUUUCGAUUGAAAGCUGAAAAAACUGACUUGGAAUUAAGAAAAGUUUUACAAGAAUCCCAAAGGCAAGAAAUAAAAUCUGAAAUAUUGGAGAGAUAUCAUCAGCAAACGCCGGAUAAUAUAAAUAUAUAUAUAAGCGAAACAAAUAAUGCAUCGCUAGCAAUUAAACCAGAUUUGGAAGACGAAGUUAUUACCACUGAAGAUGAAUACGAAGAUGAUGAGGAACGUUAUGAAAGUGAUGCCAAAACACAACAACAGGAAGACGACGAGGAAGAAGUUGAAGAUACUGAUAUUUUAUUUGAACUAUACAAUAAGAAUGAUAGUUGUAUGGAAAACUAUCUAAAUUUUGAUAAACAGGAAGAGGAAUCAGAAGAAAUAAUUGAAGAAGACUACAACAGUGAUCAUGUGGAACAUGAUACUGAAAUUGAAAUGAAUAAUACUCUAGCCGACGUUAUUAAUAGUGCUGAAAUAGAAAGCAAUAAAAUACAAUCAAAUUAUACUCCAUCAUCAGAUGAUAUUGAGGCAAUAAAUUUAGAAUCGCAAAAGAAUAUGCCAAUCGUAGAAAUUACAAGACUUCAAGUACCAUUACAAACUGGUCAAAUUCAGACAAUAAUGUUGGAUCCCUUGGUUGAAAGUAGAAAAUGGCAGUGUGCUGAUUGUGGACGCAAAUAUUUGACAGAAGAGAAAUUGGAACAACAUCGUAAACUGCAUAAUCAAUCAGAGGAUUGCCAGUGUGAAAUAUGCGGUACUCAUUUUAAGACCCUCUAUGAUUAUCGUGAACAUAUGAAGACGCAUGGGACGGAACGUAAAUUUUCUUGCGAAUAUUGCGACAAGGCAUUUUCUACUCGCGCCAAUCUAAAGGCUCAUCUAUACAUUCACACCAAUUUACGCCCUUUCAAGUGCGAAAUUUGUGGUAAAACAUUCCAACAGAAAUCGAUUUUAAAGACCCACAUGACAUUGCAUACGGGUAAACCAUUUGAAUGUACUCUCUGUCAUCGACGUUUUAGUCGAACAGCUCAUCUUAAUAUCCAUAUGCGUCAACACAAUAACAUACGUCCAUAUCAAUGUACCGAAUGUCCGAGCUCCUAUAUGCAAAAGUCGCAUUUAGAUCGUCACAUAUCUAGCUCACAUUUGGGUGUACGCUUUCAAUGCACUAUAUGCGGUAAAAUGUACACUAAGAAGCCGUCCUUGAAUACUCAUAUGCGUGAAGCACACUGUACAACGGUGUCUUUAUACAAUUGUAAAAUUUGCGAUUUGGAUUUUGCAAAACAAAAAGGAAAGUUCUUACUUUUUACGAUGUCGUCUUCUACAUCAACCAGCUGUAGGGCAUGUCUAAGAGAAUCAUUGGAGAAAUCUUAUUUUGAAAUGAAUAAACAAUGUCAUUUCUCCUCGGAUGAUCGUAAUUUUGUCGAUAUUUUUAAUUUUUGCACACAUCUUCAAGUAAAAAUAAAUGAUGGAUUUCCCCAAAGGAUCUGUAAAGAGUGUGCUCAAGAUUUACAACAAACAUACGAAUUUUUACAACGGGUCUUGUCAAGUGAUAAGAAAUUAAAUGCCUUAAAACGAGAUAAUGAAGUUUAUUGUCAUGAUAAUGAUGUUACUAUUAAAGAUCCUUUAGAAAAUGCUACAGACAAUGAAGAGACUUUAGAUAAUGACAAUAAAUCUGAAAUUAUUGAAGAUUAUAAUGAAGAUGAAUAUUCUCGUACUUUAUUAGAUAACGUUGAUAAUACUGUUGAAGAUCCCCAGCACCAACACCAUAACAGCACUCUUUACUCCCCUCAUCUUAGUGACAACAGCAGCAGUAGUAAUGAUAAAGUUGAAGGCGAUUUUUUCAAGUCAGUAGAAUCACAAAUUUUUCCCCAAGGUCGUUUAAAAUGUAAAAUCUGUAACAAGGCUUAUUUCACCAAUGUAGGUCUUGAAGCUCAUAUGGAUAUACAUCUACCUAAAGGAAAAACGAUUUCCAAAUCCUCAUUAUUAGUUGGCAAAUAUAUAAAAAAUAAAAAGAAAAUCUUAAAGAAUAACGAUAUUUCGGAUGAUGACGAAGAAAAUACCAAUGAACAGAGUGCUAAGACGAAAUUGCCAAAACCAAAGAAAAUGUUUCCUUGUGAAGUUUGUGGUAAACAAAUGAUAUCUGCUUCUAAAUUAAGAUAUCAUAUGGUAAUGCAUACCGGUGAAAAGGACUAUUUAUGUACAAUGUGUCCUAAAGCUUAUUCAACGAUAUAUGCACUUAAACAUCAUAUGCGGGCGCAUACAGGAGAACGUCCUUAUGAGUGUAAGUUCUGUGGUGAUCGUUUUCUACGGCCGACAACGCUAAAAAGUCAUAUGCGUCGUCAUACCGGAGAACGGCCGUACGGUUGUGAUAUAUGCGGCAAACGUUUCAUACAACACUCAUCGAUGGCUACACACAUGAAACUCAAUCAUAUGGAUAAAACUAUACCCUGUCCAUAUUGUGAUAAAAAAUACGCACGACAAACUGACCUAAAUACACAUCUGUUAAGUCAUAGUGGGGAUAAACCAUUCGCUUGUCAAAUGUGUCCAAGUCGUUUUACACGACAAUCAAAUCUAAAUAAACAUAUGAAUCAACAACAUUAUGGUGACAAUCAUAGUUCGGGAGAUAAAAAAUUUAAAAAGAAAUGUUCAAAGGAGGUGGCCAAUAAUGAAGUUAAACAACAAACGGAAGGAAAUGAUAAUACAAAUUUACUAGGAGAGGAUUGUAUCGUCGUGGAAGUGCCAACUUGUUCCUCCCAUUUAAAUUCCACUUCCACAAAGCUGAAAGAAACUGAAUCAUCAGCCAUUGGCAGUUUUCAACAAAUGCCAGUCAUUACCAAUGAGCUGCCUGAUGACCAAUUAAAUAAUUGGGACUGGCCUAAUCAGACUUAAACAAUCCAAUUUUUAUGUGCCUUAUUAAUAUCUAAAUGUAAAAAAAAAACAACUAUCAAAAAUUUGCAAUCUAUUUUUAUAUUCUACCAAAAAAUAUUUUUGUAGUUGUUUUUAAAUAUUAAAACAAUAUUACUCACUUCGUUUAAACUCCGUGUUUUUGCUUCAUUGUAAAACAACUUUUAUUUAGGAUUAUCAAUAGUUUUUUGCAAUAUAUUUACUUAUUUACAUAAAUUUAAUUGUAAUUUUUUCAGUUUUUUUAUAUAAUUUUUUCAUGUAUGCCAUAAAUAUUUAUGUAUUUUUUGUUUCUAUAUCAAGACAGUAAUAAAAAAA